AUGGCGACUUUCUAUGUUGUCAGUUUAUGUAUAGUAGCUUCCUUUCUUUUGCCAGUUUCCACAAAAGGAGCGAAAUAUAAUGAUGGACAAAAGGUAUUUGGACCAGGCGUUUUUUUCUGUUUUCCAGAAACCAAAAUAAACCGCUCUUUUUUUAUUUAAAGGUACCUCUAUACGUCAACAAAGUUGGACCAUAUUUCAACCCACAGGAAACCUAUCAUUUCUAUUCGCUACCUGUUUGCCGCCCAGAAAAGGUACAUUGAAUGCUUUAUUUGUUUUUUUCUAUUAAAGAACAAUCUAACUGCAUAUCCGUAAGGAGAAUAUGUUUUCUUUCUCGGGAUUUCUGGACGUUGAACGUGAAGAUUUCGGCAUUUUGAUCAGCUGGUAGCUUUAAAAUUAUUCUGACUUAUGCUUAAUAAGCUUAAGCGAGCUUUGAUUUGUUCCCUGUUUUAUAAAAGAAUAAAUUAUUGUUGUAUGUUGCUGCUUAUAUAGACAGGUUGUAGUGGAUAUUAUUUAAACUUAUAUCUCUCGGUAAAGGCCCAUAGAAAUAUCUAUACAGGUACAAUAUUAUUUUUAAGAAUCCUUUUGCAAAAAGCUGGUACAUUUUAUGCCAUUUCAAGCUACAACAUUUCGCCACCUGGAAAACCCCUGAGCAUUAGAAUUUUUGAGAAAAGAACUUUCAAAUUUUUCUCUCCCCAGCCAAAAAGCUGUUGAAAUAAAACCCCAUCAUAGGUCCAUAUCAGGUGAUCAAAUGCCCCCAUUCCUGGCAAUUUGAGCUAUGUACACGUAAAUUUCUUAUGCUGUUGAAGCCCAGUCUGCAGACAGGUUUCAAUAAAAAAAUGUAAAAACGUGUUCUGAUGAUAAAUUUUGUCCAUGAAUUAUUGCUGCGGAGCGACUGAAGGGAGCGAGCAGCAACAUAAUCAGGAUUCAAAGGAAAUAUAUAAGGAGCGACGAAUUCUUGAACUCAUCACUUUUUCCCACAAUGCAUUGCAUUGAACCACACUUUUUACCACAAUGCAUUGUAUUUAGCCAGAGUGCAUUGCGCCACGAACAACUCAAAUAAAAACACGGGGAAGUUCAGUGGGUGAGAGAGUGCAUCGUUCGCUGCUCAGACUUAGAGUUUUCUUUGUGGCAAAUUUUCUACAGCACGGUUAGAGGUCUUACCAAAUUUUAAGACAUGCAGGAGUCUUUCAGAUGAGUACGAUGGUUAAGAUUGGAUUUCAAUUCAAGAGCCUUUUUUGACUCAAGAGCCUUUUUUGCUCUUCGACUCCGCAACACGGGGGAUAUACAAAUUCCAGCUUGCUAGAAGGUGAUGUGAAAGUGAGAAAAUGUCAUGCAAUGCUAUUCUUAAGAAACUGUAUGAGCCGAAAAUGGAUGUGAUUUUGACCAUUCGCUUCAAAGUAACAGCGGAAAUUGAGAUAACAAAACAUACGUUUUGUGUCCUACUUUGCAGAUGAGGACGUGUAUCGGCAUUUUGAAAAGCAUAAUUAUGUUCUUUUUUAUUCAUUUAUUGCCAUGGAAUAGGCGUUUACAUUGUUUUUUCACUGUUAAUAGCUCGGUUAAUGCGGCUGGCGAUCAUCUUGCCGGCGAAAGUUUCAUGGAAAAGGAAUAAAAUGAAAGACUUUUCCUAAAGACUACGUAAUCAAUCUCUGAGGUGUAGUGGUUAACUGUAGUCGCGUCGAGUCGAAGGUGCCGGGUUCGAAUCCUACUGAGUUAUUUAUUCCUUCUUUCUUUUUUUUCCCGUUUUUUGUGUUGUUGUUUUCUAUAAAUAUAUAGCUAAAUAACUGUUACUUAAUAAAGUGCAACAAACAGCAAGAAAAGUAUUGUGUUUCCAGAGAAAAUAUUGUGCACCGUAUAUUAAAUAUAUGGAGAAACGAUCUGAAUUUCUAUUAUUUCCUACAAUUUACUGUGGGAAAACCAGAGUUGAUAACCACUUGAUCAUUUUCUAAACAACGUUCCCAUGAGUUCUUUCUAUCUAUAUAUAGACUGAUAGUAAUUAUUCUAGUACUUUCCAACAUGUAAAUAGGACAUUCAAUGUCAUUUUUGAUUCUUUUAAGUCUCACUGCCUAACUAAUGCCAGUAUCAACAGAAUGUGCCGCAGCAUUACUAUCUUUUAGAUACCCUAGUUAUUCCUUUUAUCCUAACUACGGUGAAAUAAUGAUCUAAUAGACACACUUUUGGCAUUUACUUAAUGUUAGGGAUCCAAGAGGAAGCGUUUAAUAGAUAGGAGGCAUUAAACGUGCUUAUACCUCCAUCGAUCCAUUGAUGUUAAGUUCAUCUUCGAUAGUGCAUGUUUAGGGUUGUUCAGCUCCGCAAAAAUAUUCUCCAAAUACAAGAUGUCGCCCUUCAAGUUGUCUUCUUGCUGUUCUUGCUAUGUUUUUAGCUAUUAUUUCGCCUAGUUCUUACUCUUGAAACGAGUGAAAUGUCCGCCAUUUUUGUUUCCACAACCAAAACAACUCAACCUCGUCCCCAGGUCUUCUUGGUUAACAGUUCAUUAACCUGCAAAAACGCUGCAUUUUUGACAUCAUUUCCUCGCUAAACACAAAAUUCUUCCAAAUUUGGUCAUCAGUAACUGGUUAAGGUGAAUUAAAUGUGUGCUUUUAGCCAAUCAGAAUCCGGGAAAUAUUUUGAAUGAAUAAUAAUAAAUAUUAUAUUAAGUUCCCCUCCUACCAGGAAGGCAAAGGUGUCAAACCCAGGGGGGUGUUGAAGCUUUCGUUUGACCAAUGUAUUACAACCUUAUAAAAUCAUUUUUUACAUCUUCGUAGGUAGAACAUCGCAGUUUAACACUGGGAGAAGUUCUUGAUGGUGACAGAAUGGCUGUUGCAAUGCAUGAAAUUAAAUUCAAAGGUAACAUCAUUAAAUGAUUAUGACCUAGGCCUAUUUUAAAAGGAUAUGGAGUCAUCAGAGCAUAGUGGUGCUUAUAUAUAUCUUGCCGCCAAUUUGCACAAACAGGCUGAUUCUAGCAAUUGGACAUUUUUCAUCUUUUUCUUUCUAGAUAUGCUUAUCAACCCCAUAAUUUCACAAAUUUAGUUUUUGUGAUGUCAUCACUUUUGAUAUGAAUGUUGGUCAAUCUUGGGAGAUAGAGGCUUCAAUUACUAUUUCAUCUUUAUUUCAUUUUUCCAGAGCCAGUUGAUAGCAAAGAGCUGUGCGUUGUAACACUCAAUCAGAAGGAGAUUAAUCAGCUGAAGGAGGCCAUAGAAGAUCUCUAUUAUUUUGAGUUUGUUUUAGGUAUGUUUGCUCAGUUGGUUAUGAGAUGUUGCAUUUUUAUUUCCCAUUAGCAUCAUGCAAAUGCAUUCACCAUUGUUGGCCAACAACUCUCAACAUUGUUGGAUGUUGAAUGUUGCAUCUGUUUGCACACCCUGUUACAUUUUGUUACGUGUUGUUGGGAGUUGUUGCCCAAAGUUUUAAACCGGUCAUACUUUUGAGCCAACAACUCCCAACACUUCUGUUGUUCCAUGAUUGCCAAAGUGUAGGGCCACAAAUUUAGAACCUUUUGCACAGCUCUUCCAACAUCACUAAGGCCACGCACGUGCAUUCCACUUGGUCUUCAAGUGGGUGGGUUGGUGUGUUUGACAAAUUUUUUUCAGAGAUCAGACAAGCAACCAGCUCAUUACAUGUUUGACAUUGAGUGUUGAGAAUUAAGUGUCAAAUCUUAAGUUUCAAACCCUGAGGACUGAAACUUGAGUGACUGUCAAUGUACUUUUGUGCAGUAUUUCAUGUUAUAUUGACUCAAUUAGUCGUUCCACCAUUCACUGACUAAAGACAAAAAGCAAAAUCUGUUUCCUAAAUUCAUUAUUAUAUUGACAUCUAUGGAAAUCACAAAAAUGAUUUAUUUUUCAACGCAGAUGAUCUUCCUCUGCGAGGCUUCAUUGGUCAUUUAGAAGAAGGCUCUUUCUUGCCGCAUACCCACAAGGUUUUUCUGUGGGCACAUUUAAACUUCAACAUUGCCUACAAUGGUGAUCAGGUAAUAGAAAUAUGACAGGGCUUGAGAAAACAAAAUUGAAUUUCAGCUUGUCCUUUGUGUAGGCAGCUCUCACACUUUGCGUGCCUGGUGCCACUUUUUUCGUUGUUAAUGGUUUAGUUCGAGGAUGAAUUAUGGUCUGGUCCCAUUGGGCUAGUAAGCUUUAACCUUGAGAAAAGAAGAAAUCUCUGAGCCCUGUUUGAUUACAUUUUGCACAUUAUCUUUGUGUACUGGGUAGAGUUCCCAUCUCAGAGAAAAAAGAAAUUGUAAGCAAUUACAAUGGUGAUGGCAGUGAAAAGGAUGCUAAGAUUCAAAUUGAAUUUGCAUUUUGUCAAACUUUAUUCAAACUUAUUGCAUCUUUUAAACCUACUCCUGGAGAUUUUUGCUGGAGUUGAAUUUCUAAGGGCUGUAUUAAAAAACAAAAGGAGAAUUUGUCAUGUCUUUACAUCCUCCACAAAAUAUUGCAUAAGGAAUUUCUUUCCCAUAGUGGUCCAGUGGAUAUCAAGGAAAUGCACAAUACAGCAUGAUACACAUGCAGAGCUGUUCUUUUGCUCAUAAAACCAAGUAUUUUUUGAUCUUAUGAUUGCUGUCAUCAUUGUGGUUUCUCAAGCUCCCUAAUCUUUAGUCUGCUACAAACAGAUCGAGUAGCAGAUUAUACUAUUGAACAAAUAAACAUUCAAGAUAAAUAUCUCUGAGCUGCAAAAAAUCCACCCAAUGUUGGACUUUGCCUCUUUUGCAGUUUGUACAUGAUAAAAAAAUGUAAUUUGUUGAUAAGAUUAAUUUGAAGAAAUCACCUUUAAGACAUCUACUAUAAAUGCAUCCUUCAAUAAUAAGAUUAAUAGCCUAACAUUUUUUACUUGCAUUAAAAUUAUCAAACUGCCAAAAUAUGCCCACUUGUGUCCUUUCAUUCCACUCAAUGAAACAUGAAAAAGAUGUCUUGAAAAGUGAUUAUCUGGUUAACUGGCUUCCAAUCCUAUUCACUUAUUUACUUCACUUACCGUUAUGUUGAAGUUACACGUCUUUACUAAAGCUACUGGGUUUAUUAAAGAUGUUUAAUUGCUAUUAUUUAUUUAUUUUUGUCAGAUUAUUUCAGUUAAUGUGAGUACAACAAACCACCAGCCAGUAGCUCUGGAUGAUGUAGAACUGCCUUUCAAAGUCCAGUUUACUUAUAGUGUAAUUUGGAGCUCUACUGAGUAAGUAAGAUCCUUCACUGUCUAUGUUACCUGGUCAAAUUUGUUUUCAGGUUAUUUUGAUUUAACUAACCUAAUAUAAAUUUGUAUCUAAAGUUGAUUAUCAUUUUCCUGUCUCUAAGCGGAAAGCUAGGAGACGAAGGUUACUGCAAAUGUGCAAAAUAAUAUUGGUGUAUUAUUUUAUUUUAUUAUUUUGCCACACAGAAUAAAUUACAAUUAAAAUAAAAAAGAUAAUAAAUACGUUAAUUAAUGUUAAAUUUAAAACAGGCAUACAACUUGGAAGGGGUGACUGUGGCGGGGAAAUCUCCGAGAAGCCGAGCUUAUGAGGAAUAGAGAUUUCCCCAAAGGAAUAGAAUUUUUUUUAUGCAGGCAAUAUGUGACAAUAUAGUUACAAUACUUUUUAUUUUAUUUUAUUUUUUUUGUAGUACUCUGUACUCAGAGAGGCUCAAGCUAAAAGGAUCUGGAACAUUUUUUCCAAAGAGUUUGGAGGUAGGGAAAUCUCCAUUACUCAAAUUAAUCUCCAUCUGGGUCAUCAGGCCGAGUGCAAACAUCAAACUUCUCAUGUACUGAAUCUAAUCCUUUCAAUUAAGUACACGAAAAGACUAGCCUGCGAAAACAUCCGUUUCUCCUCGCUCUUCAUCACUGAGGACAUUUAGCGCGGAGGAACAUCUGCGACUUAGCGACAGAAAUUCCAUACUGAUGACGUAAAAUCUGUCCAGAAUCUGGUCAGAAGCGCUGAUUGGUCGACGGAGCAGUUACAUUGUUUUAGCUAUUGUUUACGAAUGACAGACAAAAGACAAAAGGCCAAAAAGGUCAAAUGUAAACACGAAGAAUCUCUAACAAAACAGUUAAUAUUUGUGGAAUAUAGUCUUCUCUAGAAGAAGCAUUUGAGUUUUGCUGGAGCUCGUGGGCAGAUCAAUACAACACUUUACCAAAAUCGACCAGAAGACACGCAAAAUUAGACAAAUUUAUAUUUGGAACCCCAUGACUACCGGAUUUAUUAUGUAAACAUUGAUUUGUGUCAUCAGUAUGGAAUUUCUGGCACUGAGUCGCAGACGUUCCUCCACGCGAAAUGACCUCAGCGACGAAGAGCGAGGAGAAACGGAUGUUUUCGCAGGUUACGAAAAGACUAACGUUUGAAUCAAUUAUGAAAGUUCGACAUAUCUAAUUUGGGUGGACCCAAGACUUGAGUUAGAGUGGCACACAUGAGAAUUUUAAAUGAGGAGUGACUUUGUUUCAAAUGUCGAUCUACCUAGCAUAAAUUACUAUAAUUUAUUUUCACUGGAAAACAUUGUGCACCAUGUACAUCAUUAAAAUGAAUUGAGUUCAACAUCUGAAUCAACUGUCUAACUUUUGUCAUUCAGUUUGACCAAAUAGGUAAAUUAAGUUUGGUCCAUUAGAAGUUUGAUGUUUCAACUUGGCUGUACAGUAAAAACAGAAAUCUUAGUUUCAGGUCUGAUUUCCACUUUAUUGUCAAAAAAUUAGAAAAGCAUUUUUAUUUAAUCAUUGACUUGAUCCAACAAUUUGCAUGCAUUUUAUGCUUUUCAGAUUCACUGGUUGUCCAUUAUCAACUCAGUAGUACUUGUGUUUCUGCUCAUUGGAUUUGUUGUCAUUAUUCUGGUAAAUACAUGUAGAUCCUUAUGAUAUUAUUGUUGGCUUGUACAUGUAUUGAUAGAGAGGAUAUACAUGGCUGUGCCAAGAUAUGAAAUGUCUUUUGGAUUGUUGAACAAUGUGAAUGAGUGAAUAUUUUUCAUCCAAGAACACAAAUUUAAUAUGAACAUGUUCUAUUUGUUACUUAAACACCAAUGAAACUACCACACUAUUUUGCCUUUUAAUUUUUUCUGUGAAAGGUGUGUUUUUAAUGUUACAAAAGCAAUGGUGAUCUUUUUAUGUGUGAGGAUAUUUUGCAAGGAAAAACCAGUGAGGAAAGCAGUGGUGGCAUUGAAAAAGGCUGGCUGUUUUCUCAGGCUACCUGAGGAACUCAGUUUAUCUGAGGAUUCACUUCAAAGCAACUCUAUCACAGCCAUGUAGCACUGGAAGGGUAGCAGAUCAUAGACCUAUUCAGCUAACUCAGUGUUGUACCCAAUUCAAAUCUCCCGGGGUUAAGAUUCUUUGUGUAUUGUAUUUGCAAUAAUUAUAAUGUGGCAUUCACAUUUGAAUGAUAUGGAAAUUCCUGAAACAAAACAUUUUAUUCCCAAAGGGUUUGAAUUGGGUAAAACAUUGAGUUAGCCAAAUAGGUCUAUAGAUAUGGAUUUGCAGGGCUCUAAAAACUUGAAUUCCAGCAUGUAAUAAUAAUAAUAAUAAUAAUAAUAAUACUAUUAUUAUUAUUAUUAUUAAUAGUAUGUUGUUUUUUUCUGUAGAUGAGAGUACUAAAGAGUGACUUUGCAAAAUACAAUGUAUCUGAUGAUGAUGAAUUAUUGGAUGACCUCGGUAUGUCUGGAUUAUGUAAGUUUAGCCUGUGUAGCAUUCCUUUCGAAUUUGUAACACUGAACUUAUGCAACAGAAUCUGAAUGGGGAAGAUAGAACCUUAAUCAUACAGCACAACAUUUUAAUAACCAAGUUGUAACACUUUCUAAUGACUCCUGCUCUUAAUUCCCACAAGAUCUUAUGAGUUCUAUGUUGUUGUAUAAGUUCACUUACAGCAAAGUGCACGUAAACACCUGUGGCAGAAGAUCAAGUGAACAUUAUAUAUUUGUUGGCUAAAAAUGAAGUGGUGUCUGGAUCAACAAAGCUUUUAAUGUUUUUGCACCAGCUUCUAGAUUCUUCUCCCAAAAUGUUCUUGUGGUUUCAUGUGAGACAGGGGGAGAAUUAAUUUUGACAUAGUAUUUAAAGUAACUUAGGUUCUUUUCCACUCACUUCUUUCAGUUUUUAAGUUCACAGCAUAAUGUUUUAUUUUUUAAAGUUUGCUCACGGGUAUUUUCUUCGAUGCUGCUCUGUUUAUGCCACAGGGUUUUGCGAGCCUUUUGCACCUUUGGAAGGGAUGUAGAUGCCUCAUAGGCUAAUGAUACAUAAUGAUAAUGAUAAUGAUAAUGAUAAAUCCAUUACUUAAUAUAUAGCCAGCCCGGCUCGUACCUUGUUUUCUUUAAAAUUGUCAAUGUGUUAUUAUGUCAUUGUGCUAAGGUGGGCUGGUCCACUUGUUGAGAUCUUGCUUCGAGCAACCAAGAUCUCACCCUGUCAAGUAAUUAAAUUACAGUGUCACUUUAGGCAUGAGCCAAGACUUUGAUAUGAGGUAAAACCUUGCGACUGUCCAGACAACUUUCUGCUAUGAUCAAGAAAACUAAGAUACAAUAAAUAAUAAUGGGUUCUGUUUUCACUGGACAAUUUUAACUUCAAUAAAGCCGGAAAUGUCCGGAAAUACAGUGAAUACACCUCAUCUUGGUUUUAGCUAGUUAAAAAUGCAAGCUGUUUUCACAAGCAAAAAUAAGGGGUUUUCUUGCCUUUAUGAGCAGAAAUUCACGCAGAGUUAUACUACCUCAUGAGAUGGUAUCACUUGUCCUGAUAAACACCGCAGCCAAUCAGGUCAUGCGUAGUGACAGACACCUGCCAAAUAAUCUGGUAACAUUAUUUUCCAGGCAAUUGCCUCGUGGUUGAGCUUGAGAAAUUCAACAUGGCAAACAAUUCCAACAGUCAUUUUGAUUAUUUUAAUGAUUUUUACCACCAAAACAAUAAACGUGUUUAAUUUGAUUCUUGGCCUAUUUUCUUGGCCUUGGAUUGUUGUACGACACGGAAAGCGAGUGGCAAUUUGUAUUUUGUGUACAGCAGUACAGUUUUAUAAAUAAGCUGUUUAAGUUACACAGAAUGCCAACAUCAUUACUUUAAAAUAAUGUACCAUACAUAAUGAACCAUUUUUUUAUAAUGUUUCUCCUGCUUUCUCUAUGCAAGCAGUUGGCUUGUCCACCUUAAGGAGGAAUGCUUUUGAUGCUUACUUUACCUUUUGUGUCUCCACAAUAAUUUAUCACAAUGUAGGUAGCUUUAGCAAUGACAACAGUGACAGCAGCAAAAACGUUGCUAUAUAAUUAAAAAGUCUUUGGGUUUUUUCAAAGUUAGUUGUGAUAUCAUUAUUUCAGCUUGCUGAAAAUGUUAACCUGCGAAAACAUCCGCUUCUCCUCGCUCUUCGCCGCUGGGGACGUUUCACGCGGAGGAACGUCUGUGACUCAGCGACAGAAAUUCCAUACUGAUGACGUAAAAUCUGUCCAGAAUCCGGUCAGAAGCGCUGAUUGGUCGACGGAGUAGUUACAUUGUUUUAGCUAUUGUUUACGAAUGACAGACAAAAGACAAAAUGCCACAAAGGUCAAAUGUAAAUGCGAAGAAUCUAGAGCAAAACAGUCAAUAUUUGUGGAAUAUACUCUUCUCUAGAAGAAGCGUUUGAGUUUUGCUGGAGCUCGUUGGCAGAUGAACACAAACCUUUAAACCAAAAUCGACCAGAAGACACGUAAAAUUGCACAAAUUUGUAUUUGGAACCCCAUGACUACCGGAUUUAUUAUGUAAACAUUGAUUUGCGUCAUCAGUAUGGAAUUUCUGUCGCUGAGUCGCAGACGUUCCUCCUCGCGAAACGUCCCCAGCGGCGAAGAGCGAGGAGAAACGGAUGUUUUCGCAGGCUAUGCAAAUGUCAAAUGUUAGUAAAACCUUGGAAAUAUUGAGUUCACAGGGACUGAACCCAAGUUUAGAAGGAUUGAGAAAAGAAGUUGUUGUGAUAUGCUUUUGUCCCCCAUAAAUCUCUUGGUAAGGGAAUUUCACUUCACAGUCAUGCAGUGAUGACAAAUUGAUGUGCAAAAAAGUGUGCACAUUUACAGAUUAUUAAUGUUCUUUUGCUCCUUAUAAUGUACCGGUAUUAUUUUUUGACAUUCUUGUUGCCAUCACUGUUGUCAUUGUUAAAGCUUCCUAUUGGCUUAAGAAGUGAAAGUCCUACUGAAGGACUUGAAUGUUGAAGUCUUUGCUCAACUUUUGUUUUAAAUUAGAUCAUGAUGAAGUUGGUUGGAAGAUUAUUCAUGCUGAUGUAUUCAGAUUUCCACAAUACAAAAGCUGGCUUUGUGCUAUCCUGGGUGAGUUAAAUUUUAUUAUCCCGUGACUCUAACCUUAUUAUGAUAGAAAAAGUAACUCUAAAUCAAGUGAGUGUUGUGCAAGGAAAGAUGCGCAUUAACCCUUUAAGUCCCUAUGGUGACCAACAUCAAUUUUCUCCUAAAGAUAUCUAUACAUUGUCAAGAGAUUAGGUUAUGAGAAUUGAUAAAAUGAUCACCCAAGAGAAAAUGCUUUGAUCUUUUAUGAAAUUCUCUAAACUAAUUCUUUAAGAAAAUGUACAGAGAUCACUUUGGAGAAUUUGUGUGUGGAUAUUGGGACUUAUUAAAGGGUUAAGCAACUGCAGCUGUAGCAAAAAAAACGAAUAAAUUUUCUACUGUUUAAGAUCUUAUGUUGAAUUUUUCCUUUAAUUAACAGCAACUACAUGUAUUUAUUAAUCUAAUAAUCCUAGAAUGAUAGUAUAGCCGUUUUUAAUUAUUGUGGCCUUGUUCCACACAACCCUUCAAUCUCUUGUACACUGAUUCAAAACAUAUGAAAAGAUGAAAAGUUUGUCACCUGUUGGAAUAUCAUAAUUAUUACAAAUAGUGGUAUUGAAUAAUGUUAAUCCAUAUUUUAGCCUUUUUUACAGUCAUAGCUAGUUUCAAAUAACAAACAAGGGUUCUUGACCAGUGAUUUUUCUAGAAACCACUCAGUGUAAAGUUGAAAACCAUAAUGGCGAAGCCAGGUUUUAUUUAAAUAUUUAUUGUGGAUGGUAUUUUAAUAUUUUCUUACCGAAAAAGUAAUGCCCAUUCCUUAACAUCAACCCCCCACUUCAAAAAAAGUUAUGUUGUUCGUACCUACAGUGAACCCAUUGAUCCAGUCCUUGUAUUUGCAGUAUAUUUGCUUUUAAUAUUGUGUGGUAUUUGGGGCUUUUUUAUGAACAUUAUUAUUCAAUCACAAAUUUCUCAAUUAGUGUCCAAAAUGUUAAUGCUCAUUUUAGGUGCUGGCUCUCAGUUCAUCACGCUGUUUGUUUGCGUCCUGACAAUGGCAUACAUGGGCAUGUUUAAUGUCCAUAGGUGCGUACUGACCAGGCAAUAAAUACUCAUAUUAUGUUAUUUCACAGGCGUGGGUUCACAGUUUCUUACUCUUUGCUUUGGUAUCAUAUUUUUGGCUUUACUGGGUUUGUUUAAUGUUCACAGGUAGGCCAAAUUUUGUCUGUUGAUCUUUUCAAAGAGUUAAUGUAGAAAUGGUGUAAGCAUUGAUGCCAGCUGGACCAACACUCAGGGUCUUUAAAUAACUGAGGAGAAAAUGCUGCCUUUGUAAUGACAUUUGCAAGUGUUUAGACUUUCUAAUCUUCUAGGAUAAGGACGAUAAACCAUUGGGCCUGUCUCACAACCUUUGCACAUACAAAUUAUGUGGGAUGUUAAAGAACCCACUCACUAUUCGAAAAGAGUAGGGAACAUAGACUCUGGUGGUGUGUCCAACCUUUCCUGGGCUGGGUGUAUUAUCUGUAAGGAAAGAUCUUAAGACGGAAUCCACCAGGACAUUGAGUAAUUUUGAUUUUCAGUGGACGAAAAUCUUGUACCAGAAUAAUUACUUAAAGUGUAUUGAAUUCUUUCUUACAGUUUUCAAUUGCUAAAGAUGUAAUAAAUCAUCUGUAGUAACACCAAAAAAAAAUUUCUCAUGGGAGCCCGAGAAAAUGAAUAUCAACUUUCACAGAAUUACUUCUUACACAUGAAAUUUUCAGAAUUUUACCUGCGUAAUCACGAUUCUUGUGAAAUUUGACAUUCAUUUUCUCCGACUUCCAAGAGAAAUUUUCUUUGGUGUGACUAGUUACAGAUGAUUUAUUACAUCUUAAGUCCUUGAAAAAUGUAAAAAAGAAUGCAAAAUUCUUUAAAUUAUUCUGGUACCAGAUUUUCGCCCACUGUAAAUUAAAAUAAUUACUCAAUUUCUUGGUGGAUUCUGUCUUAAUAUAGGGAUAACCUAAUGAUCCUCUUUCAGGAGUCGUAAUGGCUACCUGUAAAAAGAGUAUGUCUUGACUGUAUGUAUUGAUAAGUUUGUUGCUGGAAUGAAGUGGCUAAGAAGGGAAUUUGUAACACAUUUGAAGAAGUGUUUUUUGGAAUGUCAAGUACAUUGCCAGUUUUUUGCACGUGGCAUAAUCUAUGAAAAGCAAAUCUCUUCUAGAAAACAAGGGACAAUAUUUCAGCAGCUGACAAAAUUUUUGGACUUGUUGAGCAGGGUUUUCAUUAAGAAUUCUAGUAGCAGGAGAGAGGUGUAGUGUUACGGAAAAAUACUUUUAAAGAGAGUCCACAUUUGAAUAAAAAAUGGUCAUGGGCUACCGAAAGUUUUCUGGAGAAUUCUGCAUAGGAAACGGAGAAUUCUACAAUCUGCGGCACCUACUGAACUCCCUGGUUGAGUGUUUUUAUACUGAAUUGAUUAUUUUUAUAAUUUUUUUGCUUGUUUAUUUUGUACACUCAGGGGCUAUUGAAAGUCAUUUUUAAAAUUAUUUAUUUUGUUAAAUUUAUUUAACUGGUAGGCAUGGCUCCAUGAACACUGCUGCCGUUCUUCUUUAUGCCUUGACAUGCUGUAAGUUAAAAUAAAUUACAGUGUAUGAUAGUUGCUGUACUAUACAACGAAUUUCUUUUACGUAAAACAACCCAGUAGAGUUAAUUAAGUUAUUUAUGGUAACCUUUUCAGCAGUAAGCAAAUAUCGUUAGGGCCCUAACAACACUAAGAUACCCAGUGUACAUUUGUAGUAAUUAAGAUAAGACACUAUCAAUGUUCAUUUCUGUCCUGGCUUACUAUUAAGGUUUAUAUAAGCUAACUUCAAGGUUUAAAAUGUUUUAGAAAUGCCCAUCAUUAUCUUACAACCCUCUUCAACAAAGUCCACUCCAUGGGAAAACAGAUCUUACUUCAGUUACAAUAUAGGGUUCAUCCGGAAAUAAGCAGUGCUGUUGAUUUCUUAUUACUUUUUAAUGUUGUUAAACCCAACCAAAAUUAAUGAAAUGUACAUUAAGUCAUUUUAUUGUUUUUCCCUUUUAGCCUAGAUUUUUAAUACAGGCUCUGUUUCUUUAAUAUAAAUAGAAAAUUCAGUGUGCAGUUCAGUUUUGUUAUUAGGUGUACGGUGAUGUUUUGUUGCCAGGUGUAUCAGGAUAUGUAUCCAGUAAUUUCUACAGAAAUAUUGGCGGAACGAACUGGGUUUGGAAUGUUGUCUUGACGACUAGUAUAUUUUCAGGUAUAAUUUUUAUGUAGUUGUAAGUAAUGUUUAUUAGGGUGUCUUUGGUAAAGAAAAGGAUUGUCGAUUACAGCAACUGAUUUCAACAGGCUGCGUUGAAAUCAUCAAGUAUCAUCUGUCAAGUAAUUAGUGUCUUGUCAUUUACUGCUGUGUAGACGUUAGUUGUUGUCUUCAUUGAUCAAUUAAGUGACAAUGUCAGUUCCAUCAAGAAGUCUCCGUGGCUAAUCAUACCAUUGGUGAGCGGUCGUUUUUAGUCAAGCUGGCUUUUUACUUCACUGCACCUUAGGAGUUAUCCCGUGUCUUUAUUUUUCCAAGCAAUUUGAGCCAAUGGUAAGCGCUUUUUCAGCCGGUGAAAGAAGCUGGCAGCCGGUUCUUAUAGACAUCCAAUGUCCCAACGUACCUCUUUGAAGGCUUGCUAACAUCCUGGGGGCUUUUUUCUGUAAGUGCACAGAGACCCCACGACACUAAUAAUUAUAAAGGUUUAUGUUUCUUUAGGGGACUGGAAAGUUUCAGCAAAGAAGCCCAAGACCCUGACCUGUGUCUCAUCUUUAAGCACAGCUUUCACUAACAUCGGUUUUGAUGUCUUCUGUUAUUAUAGUACCUUUCUUUGUGAUAUGGAGCAUUAUAAACUCAAUCGCCUGGUAUUAUCAGUCAACUCAAGCUCUGCCAUACACCACCAUAAUACUGCUGAUGCUGAUAUGGCUCAUAGGUGAGUUUUAGUACAUAACUGAUAACAGAUCUGAAAAUCUCAAGGACUGUAGCUAACCUCUUACAGCGUGCAAAGAAAGUCGUGUCCGAUAGCCCCGGGCUAGUGGAUUUUGCUAUCGGGCUAGUGAUUUUUGUUCUUAACUUGCCUGAUGGGCAAGUACAGUUUUUUGGGGAAAUUCAAAUUACAGAAGGAUGGUUAUCAAUCCUGCUAAUCAAAAAGGGUUUUGGGGCUAGUUGAAAUGACUUGUGGGCUAGUACAUGCUAGCUACAGCUUGCCCGAAUGGCAGGCUGUGAAACUGACUUUCUUUGCACCCUGCCUCCUCUUUGAAAAAUUUUGUCUCAUGACAUGUUAUUAUUUCUCAUUGCAGUGGGUUUUCCUUUGACUAUUCUUGGGGGAAUUUUUGGCAAAAACUCGGCUGGAAGCUUCAAUGCACCAUGCAGAACAAAGAACAUUCCUCGAGAAAUCCCACCAAUACCAUGGUAAACACUUCAAUGCUCUUUUCCUUAUUAUCUGCUCUAAAGACCAAUAGUUGUUCACCUUUACAUGGGCAAACUGGCUGCCCCACAGCCUGGGUUACAAAACCUGGGCUACAGUUUUAAGUUUUAAAGUAGACAGCCAGGAUGUGAAAGUAGGUGGCUUGGUAAUUGAGUGCUGUAGGCAAUUACAGGCUUUCACUCUCUCACUUUACCCAUUUUCCCCAAAAAGUAGACAGCGCAAACCUCCAAGUAACUGUUUUUUAGCUGGCUGCAGGGUUUUGACGAGAGCCUUGUUAACCUUUGGCAAAAAUCAGUCCGAGUCACUGAAAAAUAGAUGCAAAAGCUGGAAACUGGUUGAAGGAUGGGCUUUGAAGCAAGUGAACACGAAUUUCAUUCUGACUAGGAAAAGAGGACUACCUUUUCAGACAUUAUGAUGUAUGUCUCAGUUAUUGCUGUACUGGAACCAUCAAAAAGUUGUACUCCAUUAAUUUUGCCUCCCAUCCCAAAAUUAAUUUCUAUACACAGGCAAUUUUUUUUUUGUGAAAUGUUAAACAAUUAAGAUGAAAUGUUUAAGUACAAGAUCACAAGUUAUGGAACCUCACAAACCUUUCCUUUAGACCUGAAUGAAAUGAAGUGACAAAUAAUAAUAUGUGCAUGUAUUAAUAGCUUGUACUUUCUUUUUCCAGGUAUAGAACUACCUUUGUUAGGAUGACUGUUGGUGGCUUUUUACCAUUCAGGUAACGAACCAAAUAAUUAUAAACUCUAAAGAAAACUUAUUUUGUUACAAAUGCAUGUAGUUUAUUUUGACCUUAGCAAUAAAUUUUAUCAUUAUUAAUACUAGAACUCCAAUCAGUAAUAUUUAACAGUUCUUACGAAUUGGCAGUUUGGAUGGGGUAGCUGUAUUAGAAGGCUGCAAUCUGGCAGAGAUCCUAUAAUUUGUAAUUAUGCAAGAACAUCCACAACCCUCCAAGUUAAAGUUUUUGCUUGGUUGCCACUUGGUGACCAAUUCUUUUGGUUUAGGGAGACUUUUUUACAAGUCAAGUGGCCAGCUUCAAAAUUUUAGGCGCCAUGGCAACUAAAAUGGUCGCAACUUGGAGGAUUGAUCCACUGCUGUUUCUGGUUCAAUAUUGUUAUCAAUGGUUUGUUAACCCUUUGGAAAGUUAAAAAAUUGAAAAAAUUCCAAUUUUAAUUAUUUUUUGUAAAAUCAUGAGAUUUGAAAAUUAAAGUGCUAAAUGCAAACAUUCUGCCAAUAGAAAGAGGUUUUAUUUCAAGAAUGAUAACACCCUAGGAUUUUAUGAGCCAGAGAGUCGCAGAUGUUAGAAUAACGUAUUAUUUUUGUAGUCACCAUGACUCUGUCUUAAUACUUUCCUGAUGAUGAAAAACAAAAUCUUGUGAUUAUUUUUCUUUAUAAUUUGCAGUGCCAUAUCAGUGGAGCUGUACUACAUCUUCUCCACUUUGUGGGGUCGUGAGCAAUACACCUUAUAUGGAAUCUUAUUUGUGGUCUUUGUCAUCUUGCUUAGUGUCACGGCCUGCAUCUCCAUAGCUCUGACGUAUUUCCAACUUUCCAGCGAGGACUAUCGAUGGUGGUGGCGUUCCCUUAUGUGUGGAGGGUAAGCUCUCUACAUGGGGUCCAAACCUUUAGCCUCUUAUGCUAUCCUGGCUCCCAUUCCCCUUUUUUGGCUUCCUCCCUUAAACCCUUUUUGAUUAAAAAAUAUUCAGCAUUGAUGCCUGAUAUCCCCCUACUGCCCUUUAAGAACUCCCAUCUCCUGCCUCCCCUCCCCUUCCAUACGUCUCAUACCCCUCCUUCCCCCCAUUCUCCUUGGCUACCACCCUCUGUCCUCCCCCACUGUCCAGUGAUCAAAUUCUGAAAUUUCUUGACCAUGCAGGAUUAGCUCAGUUGGUAGAGGACUUGACCGCAGAGCGGGAGGUCGCGGGUUUGAUUACCAGGACCAAAGCAUCACUCAGGGUCUUAAAAUAACUGGGAAAUGAAGGUGCUCCCUUUGCACUGCAAGUGGUGAAUCCUUUGCAUGGCUCAUAAAAUGGCAGUCCCAACUCCAGUAGGAGACAUAAAAAUAGUGUGCACAAUUAGAACUUCCAUGCUAAAUGCAUUGACACUCAAAUAAAGUGCCUUUCUUUGACACAAAAUCUUUAAAUUGAAUCGGUUUUAAAUUUUCAACUAUUAAACCUUCCAGCAUUUUUCAUGUUGCAGUUGAUUAGACUUCAGUCAAGUACAUUAACCCAUUCGCUCCUGGAGAUCGGAAGUCGGGCAUGCGCAGAAAGCAAAAUUUCGACAUAGUUUUUGGGUUUAAAAGUGACACAGCAUUCUUGACUUUUACUUUUCGCUUUCUCUCCUCCCUUCUUUUUUCGCUUUUCUUGCCUCAUUUUUUUUUUUCUCUUGUUGGGCAUUUAGUAGGCUUCAUUUUGGUGGGAAGAGUUUGUAGGAAAGCUUUUAGGAUCUUAGGAUUAGGUGAAAGGAAAGGUAGGUGGGUAAUGGAACAAGAUUUUCAUGGAGAUUUUCAGGUCCUUGUCACGUGGUUUUUUGCUUCUUUCUCCGGUGUCCUUGACUGAAUCGUGCUCAUUCUGGUAUGGUUUGAAACAUCUCUUCACUCUGCACAAGUUAGCGAAGAAAGUUGUCCUUGAAUGUUAAAACUGAUGACGUCACAAAGGGUAGAAAGGACCUGGAUCCGCACAGGAGGUUACGGGCGGUUCAGGGGCGAAUGGGUUAAAUUACAUUUAAUUUAAUACUGGAAAUUUGAUCUGUUAGUUAUAGGACCAGUUGAAGUUGUAAAUCAUUAUCUAAUUCUUUUAAUUUGCUUGUUUUCUUACAGUUCCACAUCUUUGUUCGUGUUCUGCUAUGCCGUGUUUUACUACUACAGGAGAUCCAACAUGUCGGGCAUGUUACAGUCAGUGCAGUUCUUUGGUUAUACAUUACUGGCCUGCUAUGUGUUUUUCCUCAUGCUGGGCACUGUUGCCUUUGCUGCAUCCCUCAAGUUUAUAAGAUAUAUUUAUGUCAACCUGAAAAUGGACUGAUUUGGUAACCAACCAGCCCUUUCCAAGAGGAAGAAAUCAAGAAAAUCCCUUUCAUUCCUUUUUGUACAAUAUUUAAAAGCCAAUUAGUGCACUAUGCAAACAUUUUAAGUAGCUUAACCCUUUAAGUCCCAAUAGUGACCAACAGCAAUUUUCUCCUAACGAUAUCCAUACAUUGUCAUCAGAUGAGGUUAUGAGAAUUAAUAAAAUGAUCACUCAAGAGAAAAUACUUUGAUCUUUUAUCAAAUUCUCUUCACUAAUUUUUAAAGGAAAUGUAUAGAGAUCAGUUUUGAGAAUUUGUAUGUGGAUAUUGGGGCUGUGAAACUGCCUAAUUUUACAUUUUCUGGCGGAUGUGAACACAAGACAACAGUUUUCUAAUGUUUUUUUACCUUAGGUACCAGAAUUCAAUUUCAGAAAAAUUCACUAUCAACGUUUCACAAGUUGAACAACAUAGAAUAAGAGCGAUGAAUUUGGAAUCAGUGUGAAAAAUAGAUUCACUUUUUAAGAGAUGUUUUCACCGCCAUUGUCAUCGUUGCUUAGGCUCCUGAUUAGAGAGCUUCAGAUUUGAGGUUGUGGACGACCACAAGUGCAAGAUUUUACUGAAAGUUUUUCGCAUAUAAUUGUCGAAAAAUAUUCAACCUGGAAAGCCUUACUGAAAAAUUUUUCACUUGUCGUUAUUUUUAUGCUGAACAUAACUCCCAGUAAGGUCAGUAUGCAUUUAAGGCAACAAGUUGCCACAACAUGUCACGGCAACACAUCACAGCAACAAAUCGCUUCAUGUGUACUGGAUAAUUUUUGUGAAAAUCUUUGUCUCUGAAACAGAGUUUUGUCGGUGCAACAAGUUGCACAAAUUCAGUAUCAUUUGAUUUUUUACGACUGGUUGCAGCAACAAAAUUCUGUUCCAGAGACAAAGAUUUUCACAAAAAUUUAGACUUCAGUACACAUGAAAUGAUUUGUCGCGGCAACGUAUUGCUGCAACUUUUCGCUGGACCUGUACACAAGGAGUGAUUUGUCAUGGCGACAUUUUGCUGAAACUUGUCACCUAGUGUGUUCGAACCUUUAGUGACUACUUGACACAAUCCAAAAAAGGUAAAAAGAUAAAGAGUGGUGGAGAGGUGGGGUCUGUACACAGGCUAGGACUGUCCAUCAGAGCAAAAGAAAGGAGUGGAGAAUUGGCCGUUAGCAGAUCAGGUUUGACUGUAAUAUUUUAUUUUUAACCCUCUAUGUCCCAAUAGUGUCCAAAAUCAAUUUUCUCCUAAUGAUAACCAUAGAUUGUCAAGAGCAAAGUCUACGAGAAUUGAUAAAAUGAUCUUAAAGAGAAAAAUCUUUGAUCUUUUAUCAAAUUCUCUCAACUCACUCUUAAAGGAAAUGUAUGGAGAUCAGUUUGGAGAAUUUGUAAGUGGAUAUCGGGGCUUAAAGGGUUAAUUAACAAGGAGGUGAAAAGCAGGGGUAACUAAGUUUUGCAUUUCUUUGGGAAGAGCAGAAUCUGGAUUCUUGAAUCUAAAAAUUUAAAUAAUUUACACUAAAAAGGCCUCUGGCUUUUUCACUUAAUUACAUCAAAGCAUAAGCCAGUAAAGCUCAAACUAGAAGAGCUUGUGUAUAAAUUUUUCAUUAAUAAUUUCAGGUCUAAGGUAGAAGAAAUAAAUUUUCAUGUGAUUUCACUCUGUAGUAAGCUAAAACCCAAUGAAAAGUUUUUAAUCCUUUUGCUUCUAAGAUAAUUCCAGUAUGUUUCCAAGGUCAUUUUACUUGAUGAAUAUACUGCAAGUCUAUUGAAGGACAUUAAAUUUAUAUUAUUUAAUGAAAAAUGCAGCAUAGUUUUGGAAUUGGUGUAUACUGUUAUAAAUUAUACAUAUGACCUUCUACCAAGCAUUUUAAUUUUUCCCUCACGCAAGAGAUAUCCAAGGUGCAUUCUAGAGUAAAUACAAGUAAAGAGUGCCUAUAAUGAUGUAUUCUCUGAAAGUUCACACAAAGUAAGGAUUUUAUCCACUUUCAUAUUGAUCAUUGAGCUAGCAGUCGACAGAUCCUUCUUUAUUUUACUCAAGUGAACUAAGGUUUUAUAUAGAGAAAGGGAUAAUUUUGUUAGAUUCGAACAAUGUUUUGGAGUCCCUCUUGUUCAUAUUUUGUUCCUAGUUAACCCUUUAGGUCCCAAUAGUGAUCAAACUCAAUUUUGUCCUAACAUCAUCAGCAGAUCAUCAAGAGUAAAGGUUAUGAGAAUUACUAAAUUGAUUACCAAAGGGAGAAUGCUUUGAUCUCAAACCAAAUUCUCUCAACUAUUCUUAAAAGAAAUGUAUGGAGAUCAGUCUGGAGAAUUUGUGUGUGGAUGUGUGCUCUCUGGUGACCCCUGUUGUGUAACACACUUUUAAGAGCACCGCCUUGUCAGUGUUAAAUUUUGAUUAAGGCCAAUUAUGAUAUUAAAGGUUGAAUUUUGGGUGGCAAUUAUGGUUAAAGGUUGAAUUUUAGGCUGUUUUUUCCUGUGCCUUAUAUAGCAUUUGUUGCAUUUUGUAAUUGAUUCCAGAACCAAAAGUUCUUUUACUUCAUAAUGAAACAUUUUUGGCCUUGAAAUUUUCAACAACACAUGAACUGUGGGUUAAUUGAAUGGCUAAGACAACACUCUACUUUUAACCACUUAUUUAAUUUAAUCAAAAAGUCAAAAAAGAAAAAAACUGCCUGAAAUUGAACUAUAAUUUAUUAUGUGGCUCAAGAGAUUUAUGUUAAAAGUAGAAAAGGAAUUUUUAGACUAGUAAGGGACAACAAUAGGGGAAUUAAUAGGUAACUGUUUGUAAAAACUGAUGGAAGAGUCCCAAAUUUAGUGGACUAUUAGACUGAAGUAUUCAGUCCAAAAGGGUGGGGUGGUGUCAGGGCGAAUGGGUCUGACCUCUCUCUUAUUUUUGUGCCCAAGAUAGCUUGUAUGUAGGCAAGGGCAGGCUAUAGUACUGUUACUUUUGUUUCAACCUGUAAAAUAAGGUAAC